CGGAGCGGAAGGAGCGGAAGUGUUUGAGCUGCUGCAGGUUCGCGGCGGCAGAUUGAAAGCAGUUUACAAAGUCCUGCUGCAGGCAAAAAAAAAAAAAAGUUUCAUAAUGUCCCGACCAAUGGGAGACAGCCAUAAGCGGUUCCUGCAAACGUUAAUGAGUAAUGGGAUCAUCAGCAGCAUCCAGGCCAAAGCACUUCAUCGACAUUGCUGUGAAACCCAUGGAGCGCAUUAUUCAGCAGAUAGACUGGAUGAAUUCAUUGAUGUCAUCAAUGCUAAUCUCCAGCCGAUGUUCAUGUACAUCAGGAAAGGCAUGUCAGAAGAGGAUGGAGUUCAGUAUUACGCCUUGGUGAACACUGCCGAAACUGACAUAACAAGGAUGUCCUCUGAUUAUGCUGAUAACGAGCUGGAGCUGUUCAGGAAAACGAUGGAUUUGAUUGUAGAUUCAGAGAAUGGUGCUGCCUCCUCCACUGAUGUGCUGAAUUGUGCUGACAGUCUCCAGACAAAGAAAAUGAAGAAGAAGGAGACAGAGCUCGUGCUGAAUAAGUUUGUUCAGGACAAAUGGUUAAAUGAGAAACAAGGUGUAUACACACUGAGCACUCGCUGCAUUAUUGAGAUGGAGCAGUACAUGCGCCUGAUUUACCAGGACCUCAUCAAAGUGUGUCACGUCUGCCAUAACGUUGCCAUCCAGAGCCAAAUCUGUGAAAACCCAACCUGUGGCAUCCAGAUGCACCUGCCUUGUGUUGCCAUAUAUUUUAAAGGACGCAGUGACCCUCUCUGCCCUGCAUGCAACCAGUUCUGGGCUCAUGAGAUUCCAGAAAUUUCACAGUCCCAGUCAGGGAGAUCACAGAGCCAGUCUUCACCUGCAGCACUGGCUCCCACACCGUCCACGUCCUCCACACGCCGCUCCAGAAGGUCCUAGUGCUGAGGUAGAUACAGCUACAGGCUACAACGUUGCAGUCAGAGUCAGUGAGUGAUGAAACAUCAAGAAAUGCUCUUAGUGUACACAGUUUAUUUAAAAUACUUACUGGUAACUAUUAGAUGUUGCAGGGAUAUGUUUUAAUAUUAAAUAUAAAACUAGCCAGUGAGUGAUUUGUCAUGAGGGUUUGCAUUGUUCAGAGUUAUUAGAAGUCAGAUGUUAUUGUCAAUUGUUAUAAAAGUCACUAGGGCUGCACAAGUCAUAUCGCAGGACAUGCAAUAACUUGUGCAAUGUCAUUCAAUUACAAGUACAGCUUUUUCGCCGUUUGAUAAAGAAAAAUACACACUUCAUUUUAACAAUAUCUACCAGCUUACAGACUGUAUCAACCCAGUUCACAGGUUGCAUGGAUUUAAUUUUUUGGAUUUAAUUUUUUUUUUU